AUUUCGUCUGAUAGUAUUUUCACUGCCAGCAGUUCCACGAACAGCAAGACAAGCCAGGAGUUGCACGAACCAGAGUUCACCAGUGUACUGUAGCUAUUGUGGAGCCGAUGCAGAGGUUUUGAAUACUCCAAGUGCCGGAGAGAAGUAGCGCUGGCAGGAGCCAUGGACCACUCCAUGCGGAUUACGGAGGCCAUCUUCAAGGAGCGACGGCCCAUCGCCGACAAGAUCAAGCUGGCCCGCUACGCCUGGCUGAGCACAGCGUGCCGCAUGCGCGGCAAGUACCAGUCGCUGGUGGACUGGACGUGCACGCAGCUGGACAAUGCAUCCAAAGCCAACCUUGAUGAGCAGGAGGUUUGUCUACUGUGGUCGUUCUUGGAAGAAGCACUCGAGGCACUGCAGCAUGCUCAGUCGUCCGGUGGGGACGUGGAAGGGAAGCUGACCGUGUCACCAGUACUUGUGAAGCACCGCGCUGCACAGGUGAUUUGCAGAUCUAUCACUGCAGGUGUUGAUGCGUUGCUAGCUGGCGAAGCUCUGCCCGGCCACUUGCCUGCCGUUCUGUCAUGCUUCAAUAGCUUGACCAGCUGUCCACAGCUAUCACCUGUGGUCAUGAAUAGGGCAGAAAGACUGGUGGAGUUAGUUGUCACCCUGUGCACUCUGGUAUCGGCAUUGAAGAAGAAAACCUCCCAUGUUGAUCCUAGUGUCUACUUGCAGUCGCAGCAGCUGCUUUGCUCAUUGCUUCACCUCUUCCUCGCCAUCCAACGGCAGCAAGCCAACAGGAAGAAGAUAUUUCUCCUGGCAGUUGAGAAGUUGAUUGGAUCUCUACUUCCCGUGUACGAGCUGCGAGAGGAAAUAGCCUCUGCUGUUGACUGUGCGAAUGGUGAUGGAGCUGACACAGCUAUAACUCACUCACUGCAAGAUGUGUCCAGCAAGUUGGCCAGCGCUAUUGAAGACGUCCUUGGUGCAACCUUGUUUGACAAGGAGCACCUAUCCCAGAUCCCUUCAGUUCUAGCAAUGAUGUCAUCAAGCACAUCUUCCGACAAGGUCAACGGUUCGCCAUCCCCUGCUAAGCAGAAGAAAAAGCCAGCGGAAGCAGCGGCAACGCCCCAGGCAAGCGUCAACAAGUCGACAAGUCACUCGCACAAGCUGUUUGCAACGCUUCAGGAGUUGGUGCAGAGUUCAGCAGCUGCUGGUGAUGCACAGUGCUACACGUGGCCAUCGCUCUUCUUCCAACUCUACCUGACUGCCGCCCGUGCUCGCAGUGAUCGGCCUGCUGCCGCCGACCUGCCAUUCUUCUAUCAGAUGAUACACUUACUGGAUGUGCCUGUCACUGUCACUGAGUCUGACACAGCUGCUGUGCCAGCACUAACACUCGACAAGGCCAGGUGUAUUGUUCAUCUGUUGACACUGGUCAACAAGUACAAAGUCUACAAGGUCGUUGAUGACAAAAUGAGUGGUGGCCAUCACUUGACCUGGUUCCAGCAUGCUGUCAGCUGGCUAGUACAAGCACCAGUGGACCACCUUGUCGUCUGCAAGGCCCUGUCGGUCAUUCUGGACUUGAAUCAUCGCGCUGUCGAGGAGCACUUACAGUCUGUAUUUCAGCUGGCAUGGCGCUCACUGGGCUUGUCACCUACAGCAUCAGCAACUCACUCACCAGCCAAUGAGCUAGUGCAGAAAAUACUGAUGACGUAUGGCAAACUAGGACAGCUGAGUCGACUGGUAGAGAAUCUUCUCCCCGCUGCAUCAGAAGUACCUUUCCGUGGUGUCCCAGACUCUCUGAGCAAAAGCUUUGCAUCUCUGGUCCAGCUGCUAGCCAUCAGUCAGUUCAGUGCACUGUGGAAAGGCUUCUCAACAUACUUCACUAAGGUCUUGGACAGUCUUCAGAAAUCUUGUGACGACGGUGAGCCACAGCGCAAACGUACCAAAGCUUCACAGCGACCAGCACACCGACAACAGCAGCAGCAGCAGCAGCAAGAGUUCCACGGCAUGUGCACAGGAGCUGCACUGUUUUCCGUGUUCGUCUCCAACGUUCACAUCGUGAACGGUUCAGCUGCUGGCGCUGUGUGCAGCUUGCUGCAAGACACGCUCUCAGACAUAGUCGUCCCGCUGCUCGAGGCAUGCCGACACCAGUCCAACUCAGCAUCUCUUCUGAGUAGUGUCCUGCAAGUUGCUGGUGCCAUUGGACAGUCUGCCAUACAUCUCUACAGCCUGCAGGGCAACGGGAUGCAGUGGUCCAUGCCCGGGACACUGCUGUCUACACUUGUCACGCCCAUGAGCAUCUCAACUCCUGCUCGGGGCGGCCAGAUUGCCGUGCCCACUGUAUGGUGCAGUGUGGUGGAUGAUCUCCAGCAGCUACGGGAUCCUGGUGUGUUAGUGCAGAUGCGCUGCCUCGCCGCUCAUUGGCUUCACUCCCAGUCACUCUUGUCAUCACAGUGCGGACAGUGCGGUGGCAAAGCUGGACGCCAGAAUGGUACGAAGAAGGAGCAGCCAAUGGAUGAUGGUACACCGCAAGAUGGUGAUGACAGUGAUGACGAUGGUGGUGACUCUGCUGUUCAGGAACAGGUCCUGGACUUUGUUCUGGACUUUGGUGAUGAGAAGCCUGAAACUGACUCUGGUGUUGUGCAGCACCAGCAGCAGCGGCCACCAUCUCUAGACCUGGUCAUGACACACUUUCCACUGGUAUCACAGCUAUGCCGCCCUGAUCACUGGGCAACUCUCGGACGCCUUGUACUUGACCGCAUUCAACCUCAGUCUGCUGUAUUAGCGCGGGCUACGAAAACCACUGGUGAGAUAACAUGUGACAGCACAGCUGCUAAUGGUGCUACUGUCAGCCCUGAGCAGGACGGCCGCCUGUUCUUGCAGUUGCCAGCUGCCCAGUCGAGCCGAGAGCUUCACACGUCACUGGUGUCUGCGGCUGUGCAGGACCUGCAUCGGGCAGCUAAACUCACCCUCAGCAGCAGUGUUGGAUCUGUUGUCAAGCUGCUGAAGAGUGUAGCAAAGGAAUGCACGGCGCAGUGCGCAUUCGAUGAGUCACACCCCACCGUCUCUUCCAAGACCGUGGCAAAAUGGAGUGAGAUGUUGGAGGGAAUCAUGUCCGAAGAUCACAGUGCCAACAAGGACCUGAGGUCUGCGACUGAUCUGUGGAAAUCAGUGGACAGAUUAAUAUCUGUCAUUGAGCAGCUGCCAAUGUUCUUCUUCUCACCAAGCCUGCUGUCCGUCGCCGCUGUUCUUCUCACAGUGAUCAGCUUUGUUGCAGAUCUCUUUGCGUGUGCGGCAACGUCGAAUCGCUGCAAGUCAUUGCUGGCAGCAGUGAUUGAUCGCUGUGCUUCACCGGCCAGCAGAUCAGUGAUGGAGCGUUCUCGUCGUCAGGCCCUUCUGUCUUCCUUACCGGCGCUGGACGUGCUUCUCUCUCACCUGUAUGGCCGUGCCAGCGAUGUGACUGCGGUGAAUUCGACUCCUUCAAUGUCAGCAGCCUGUAUGGCACCUGAUCUGGACUUUUUCUCAUCUGCUGUGCGACUGGCACUUGCUCAUGGCUCAGCUGAUUUGCACCUGGUUGCGUUUGCGGAGAGGUUUGUGAAGGCGGCUUCAAGUGCAUCGAGUAUCCAUGCACAGACGUUCUAUAUGGCUGCAGCUCAUUCCAGCCUGUGUGCUGUUUGUGAGAUUCUGAAAAUCAAAUCAGUGCAAGCUGACCGUCGCACCAUUGCUAUUGAUGUCUGCAAAGUUCUUAUCAAGAAGCUUCUUCCACAGUCCGUCCGUGGUAUAUCAGCGGCAGACUCUGUUGGUGACGAGUGGGAGCAAUUGCGCCGAGUCUCUGGCCAGUUUGUACACCAGUCAGUGAUGGUUGCAGCACUAGCCUCAUCAUCCAAGCUCACCAAGCGUGUUGCCUUAGCAGCAAGUGCUGUGCUGCCAGAUGUUCUCCGCUUGCUCCGGGAAUUUUACACAGCGAGUGCACUCUCUGACGGGAAUCAAGGUGCAUGCCAACGUCAGAUCUCCCUUGUCGAACUCUCCCAAGCGAUCCUCAGCAAUUCGGAUAUUCUCGGUAUCAAGCUGAGCCUGGAGGAGAGUGUUUUCGAGGUGCUGUGGGAAGUGGCAUCGCUUCAUCUCUUUGGUAGAGUUGAAAAUCAAGGCAAGGCAAGCGAGCUGGCGUGUCGGAAAUGCCUGGACGACAGCAUGUCCAGUCUGCUGUUGACAGUACCAUGCAGCAGCACACUGGACGUAUGGAAGAGCACCGUGUCACAGUUUGUCACACCUAAGUCCAUCUCACUGGAAUGGUUGCGUGUUGCUAGUCUUCUUUUGCCUGCUGAGAUGCCCGUUGAACAUCGUCUCCAGUUUUCAGUGGCUAUGGUCAAGUUGCUGCCACUUAUGCCAAAGUUGACAGCCGCCUCGUAUUCCUUGUCGCCUGUUGAGAUGACACAGUUUUCUGACCGUGUUCUCUCGUGGGCUACUUCUCUGGCUCUGCACGGAAAGAUGUGUCUCAGUCCACCACUUGUCGGUACUAUGCUGUUCAUUUGCAACAGUGUUCCACUUUCAGCUGAUGCUGAUCGUCUUCACACGGUGUGCAGCCGUACCGGUGAGCUCAUUCACAUCUUACUCAAGCAUCACACAUCGGCAGUGGGCAGUCACGUGGCUGUUCUCAUUGCCAUUUGCCAUCGCCUCAUGCAGGCCAUCAUGGCGCUGAGUGCACUCAACAUUGCAAGAACCAAACAGCAUUCGCCUGUAUCCUCUUCAAGGAAAGCACUGCAAGAUGCAGCCCAGCAAGCCGAUGAUGAUGCUACUGCCACCACCACGCCAGGAGAGCAGGAAGAAGCAGCAGUGUCGGCAGAAGUGCAAGCUUUGCAAAAGUGUGCCGAGGCAUACGCCAGGAUGUUGGAAAACAUUGCGGGCAGGAAGACCUAUUCAAAGUAUGCACCGUACAUCCUAGCAUCUUACCUGACCUAUUCAACACGCUAUCCUAUGCAUGGACCAGUGAAGAGCGCACUGUUGGCUGGGAUCUAUGCCCUGUUGUCAUGUUGUGGACAGCAUGAGCUGUCACUGCUCAAGGCUACAUCGGGUCGCCCAGAGCAGGAACUGUUCGAUCCACUCUACGCUGACUUCAAGAAGUUCUUCAAGUACUCCGGAAAGAUCUAGUUGCAAUCGUUGUCAUCUGAACACAACUCACCCAAGUGAACCCCAUUGCUCAGCUGUGCAAGAUUCCAGCAAGCUGCCAAUGGACAAGUUUCUUCCAUUGACGUCGAUGAUUUCUCUCCCUCGGGGUAACUCGCUCUAGCAACCCAUUGCCCUGUUUGGGGUUUGUGGGCGUUUCUCCGCUUCGUUCAUUGUGCUGAAGAAAAGGAAAUGAUGGCUUGCUGACGCUGGUGCUGGUUCAGUUCUGGUGUAAAGCUGCAUCGCUGUGGAGCAAGGCACGUUUUGCUGGACCAACUAAGUACAACAUCAACACAUCAUUCAUCAAAGUCUGCUCUGAGUGAACGGUGUCUCUGCUCCCCUUCGCUUCAAACUUCUAGAAAUUACUUUUUCCAAGGCCUGGACUUGUGCCUGGCCUGCUCAGCUGGCUCUGCCGUACUUACAGGAAACAUUAUGCUUCACAGUUUUCGAAGCUUUCUCCUUGAUUUCUCUUUAUUUCGGUUCAAGAAACACGCACGCCUACCAUGUUUUCUGGAAUUGGGGUCGGUAUUUUAUUACCGCCUUUCUAUUUAUUCUAAUGAGCAUCACAUCUGUCAGGGCUUUUGUGCGGAUUUUUUCGAAUUGGGUGAAAUUUUAGGACCCGCAAACUACUAAGCACCUCUGCCAGUACGAGUUGUAUUGCCGAAGGUUACGGUAUACUGUGACUGUCUGUUUGAAAGGAUGAAAUGAGCCAGAUCAAUGUCA